UGUUUGAUGAAAAAUGGAAACAUAACAUUCAUCUCAACUAAAUUGUUUGGUGGAGUUAUGAUAAUAAUUUUCGGAGCCUACUUUUUUUAUUGUUUAAGAAAAAGAGCAAAAGCGAUAAGUACAAAUAUGCAAUCGAAUAUUGCUAGAAAUCAGUUAAAUAAAGUGGAGGUUUGUAAGAAUAAAAAUUAUCGAAAAAUAAUAAAUUCCCUUCAGCCAGAUACUCUAGUCAAGCUAAUGCUUUGUACAGAAAUAGGAUUGAAUUUCGCACCACAACUAACAAUUUUCAUCAUACAAUUGGUGAGCAGAUAUUAUUUUGUUUUAUGGUUUUAA